ACGGCCACUUUCACUGACGGCCAUGUUUGUCUAUCGCAUCAGUCACAGAUGGCUACGUGAAAGUCAACAACCGGUUCCGGCAAACUAAAAUCGCGAUUGGAACAAUCGUGUUUCCGUAUUGUCAUCGUCCAUUUUUACGUUCCUUUUCGUUGCCGUUUUGUAGAACAAUAAUCGUAUGCAGCUUUUCUACUUUUUCACUUCUUCGACAUCACGCCUCUCCCUUCGCUCAUCUCGUUGACGUAUUCAACAAACGCCGAGCGCGAAGGAGUCAUCAAGGAUGAGCACGAACAAUAUUCAGGCACUCUUCGCAUGCUCCCGGUGUUUCUCCAGACAUCCUUUCGAGGAUCUUUCACCUGGACAACAGCUGUGCAAGGAAUGCAGAGGAGCGUUUCCUGUGGUAAAAUGUACAUAUUGCAGAUCAGAAUUUCAACAGACCAUAAAGGGUAACACCAGCACUAUAUGUAAAAAAUGUGAGCAAAACGUAAAGGCCUAUGGAAAGCCAUCAGCUUGUGAGUACUGCAAUACUAUUGCUGCAUUUAUCGGUAGCAAAUGUCAGCGGUGUACAAAUUCAGAGAAGCGCUAUGGACCGCCAGUUACUUGUGAACAAUGCAAGCAGAAGUGUGCCUUUGAUAGACAGGAUGAAGAUAAAAAGGUAGAUGGCAAGUUAUUAUGUUGGCUCUGUACACUGUCAUAUAAGCGAGCGUUGGCAAAGACAAAGCAAUCAGAUGCAGAGAGGAGAGCGCAUAUGAAACUGGCACAGCAGCGGGCCGCGAAGCAUAAAGAACAAAAAUUGAAAGGCCACAAUAAAAGACCACAUAGAGUUGACGUGACGAAGCUGCCGCCGCAGUCCGAUGGUGGAGAUACGAAUGGUCCCACUCCUGUCAAAGCAGCGCGAAUGGCCGGCGUACACGAUCCACACGAUCCAAACAGCUCGGAUCACGUAGUUGCGGUCACACAACUUAAAGAGAAGAUAGCGCAUCUCCAAAAGCAAAUCAGCAUAAAGGACAGCCAGUUAUUAGCAAAGGAUAGACAAAUUACCGAACUGAAGGCGAAGAACUUUACGUCCGAAACAGAGCUACGUAAUAAAAUGAAAGCGUCGGAGAAGGAGUACGAGGCGAAGAUCUCCAGCAUGCAGCACAAGAUAUCUAGUUUACUGAAAGAAGUAGCGUCGUUAUCGAAGACAUCCAAGCGAGGUGAUCGUGUAGCUGCUACCAAAACAGAAGCUGGGACCAACAGUGGGAGUGGAACAGACAGUCCCAUACCUUGAUAAGGGAAUUGGUUAGCUGACCACAUACUCAAAUGUCCAUACCCGCAUAAGUCACAUGUGGUACAUUAUAGUUAAUUGUUUCCAUUAAUAAGGUUAAAUUGUUUUAUUUUUCUAAUUACUAUAGGAAUGUGUAUAUUCUCUCAACGUAUACUGAAAAAAAAGUAUUGCAUCUCCGUUUAGGAGAAAUCGACGAUACAAGUGCAAAAUUUAUUAUUUAGGUAGCUAUCGUUCGUUUUAUUCUUCCGCAAACGUCAGUCUGAAUGAUUGUUUUGUCGAUAAUAUUUGACUUUUACGAUUAAAUUAGCGAAAUUUCUCAUAAACUGAGCAGUCUUGUUUGUCGUGAAAUUAAAAUUCCUGUGAAAAGUUUGAGGCAGACUCAAAUUCGCAGAUUGUGACUGUGGAUAUAUGAAGUGACAACAGCGUUGCUGUGGCAUUUUAUUAUUUAUAGCGAUGACGAUGUAAACAAUGAUGAAUCAGGAUAUGGUGAUUGUAGAUCAAUUUACAAUAAAAGUCUGAAAACCAAU